AUGAACACAGAGCACGGACAGUCACAGCAGGCUGGCAGCCGCAGGCGUGGCAGUUCUGGGAAUAAGAAGUCCAAAAAGCAUUGCCGGCGCAAAGAAACCUACUCCAUGUACAUCUACAAGGUGCUGAAGCAGGUGCACCCCGACAUCGGCAUCUCUGCCAAGGCCAUGAGUGUCAUGAACUCGUUGGUGAACGAUAUGUUUGAGCGGCUAGCUGGUGAGGCUGCCCGGCUGGCCCAGUACUCGGGCCAGACCACCCUGACUUCCCGGGAAGUCCAGACAGCUGUGCGUCUGCUGCUGCCUGGGGAGCUGGCCAAGCACGCCGUGUCCGAGGGCACCAAGGCUGUCACCAAGUACACCAGCUCCAAGUGA